AUGAAUGGAUCCUAUCUCUAUGAUUAUGAAUUCCCUUGUGUCAAGGUCCACGAGCGCUGCUACGAGUUUAUAUCCGCUCUCAAAUCUCCAAGGAAAGCAAAGAAAGGGCCAAACUUCGUUGGAAGAGUCGUGAGCUCGUUCAUGGUGGGAGAAAAUAACCCAGACGCUCGUAUUCCCGAUCCUCGGGGGUUUUCCCCCGAUGUCCUGACUGUGGCGUGCAACAAGCUUAACCUCCCUGGUCUGGCGAGACUCCCUGUAGAGCUCUUGGUCAUCAUUCAAAAAUACUCAAGCGAAGCGCCGCUGUGGUGUUUUACGAGAGCGGUGGCCCUAAGGACGGAGCUGUCCUCGAUGCCACAGGGAACCAAGAUGGGCUGGUUUAAACUGUUUGAUAUUGGGUCCUGGACUCGGGGAGGCGAGGCCCCAAAGCUUGGAAAAGGACACAGCAACUACACCCGGGUCACCUUGGAUCACCAUGGCAUCAGCAGGGUGGAGGCUCUCGCUGACUACCCGGAACCGCUGAGCGAAAAACGAAGCGGUUCGACCAAGUUUAUCGUCGCUGAACGAGAGAGAAUGAAAGCUUUCGAGGUUGAGAUCUACUUCCAGGACGGUCUCGCAUGGCUCGCAACUAAGACGUAUGCACGGUUCGCAAUGUGGGACACUUCAACACCCCCAAAAGCUCUUCACCAUCUUGAGCGUUCGAAUUUCUUUGAACUCGAGUCGUGUGCCAUGUCUCAGCCUGGAAGCAAGUAUCCGUCGCGUCCAAAGACCAUUGACCUUGCGACCUGA